GCAACCAUUAGGGAAGGUUAACUACCAACAAAUUAAUUCAAGAACUUUGCCUAUACGUACGCCCUUUAGCAAUGAUCUAUCUGUACUCAAUUCAAAACACAACUUUCCCUGUAAAAACAGAGCAAUCUAGAGCAAAUUGACACAAUGGCUGCUUCUAACAGUUGCUCAAUUCUCUUGUUGAUCACAGCAUUAUUGUCCUUUUCAAGCAUCACCACAAGUCAUGUUGCUCGCAGCUUACUGCAACUUCCCAACUUGCCUACAAUCCCGUCAUUGCCUCAACCAACGGUGCCACAAUUGCCCGCUAUUCCCAACUUGCCAGCAGCAGCCACAUUACCACCAUUGCCAAGUGCUGCGUCUUUGCCAACACUUCCAACAACUAAUUCACCAUUGCCUUCUCUGCCUACAUUGCCCUCUGUCUUCCCGAAAAUGACUCUGCCUCCAAUGCCAGCCAAUAUUCCUCUGCCCAACAUGCCAUCACUUCCAAACAUUCCCACAAUUCCAACCAUUCCUACCCUUUCACCACCUCCAUCCAACUAAUCUUGCGGGCUUCCAACCGCAUGAUUGUUACCUAUCUUACCCUACCACUCUACUGCUUUUUUUUUCUUUUGGCUUUUUCUUUUGUAAUUUUAAUCUUUUAAGUGAUUCUUGAUGAUGUACU